AUGAGACAUAGUAUGCUGGCAAUGUAUCGUAACACAUUCAUCUCCGCAGAAUUGGGCUGCGAUAUCGAUUAUGUGCUGUGGAUCGAUGACGAUAUGGUGGACGUUGGACCCGAUGUCCUGCCCACCCUACUGGCCUUUAACAAACCCAUUGUCGUUCCCCGAUGCUUGUUCAGAACAGACACGGGAAAGAUCAGAGAGUACGACCUCAACUCAUGGAAAGGCCGAAGGACCAAACCGCCACUUCGUCAGUUGCAGUCCGGAUCGUAUCCGGGUUACGUACCUCGGCCAGACAAGAAAGCCAGGCACAAGCACCUCAAUGAACUAAUGCACGCGACUGUAGACAGAUUGGUGGAGAUUGAGUCGGUGGGUGCCACUGUGUUGUUGGUCAAUGCAGAGGUCCACUGCAACGGGAUCAACUUCCCAGUCAUGAAUGUGAUCGGAGCCACAUGGAAUGGCAGGGGCGGCUACGACGGCAUUGAAACUGAAGGGCUGUGCUACAUGGCCAAAAUAAUAGGCUACCAAUGCUAUGCCGCACCGCACAUCACCGUACGCCACCGCGAUUAA